UUUACCAACACCGACACGCGAGUUUUCACACCGGUGCUCCAUCUGCUUGCGAGGGCGACUAUUUGGGGGAGAUAAACUGCGCCUCGCUCCGGAGCCGCUCUGACUCGUUUUCUUUCCGUUAUCACUGGCACUUGUCAACAAGAACACCUUCCUCGUGCUCAGUCCACCUCUGUCCACCAGGAGGGAAAUAUUGACCUGAAAGAUUGUGAAUACGUUUGGAACUUUUUUUUUUUUGAGUUUUUUUUUUCUUUCUUUGCCAACUUUAAAAGUGAGAUUUAACCAAGAGCGCAGGAAGAUGCUGGAUCGUUGUAAUCAUCUAUUCUUGCUCUUUGGAUGCCUGGCUUGUCUUGUGGUGACCUCUGUUGUAAAUGGAGACGGUCGGGUGUUUGUGUUGGACCUGAGGAACUCCUCUGGCCUGCAGGGCUUCAGAGAUGCUGAGCGUGCAUGUGCCUCACGACAUGCCCGUUUGGCAUCAUCAGCUGAGCUUCGUCAUGCUGUGGUGGAGUGCUUCUUCUCCCAAUGCACUCGUGGGUGGCUCUAUGGUGGCACAGUUGGGACCACAGUGUGUAAUGUUGAGGGCAGCGCACUGAAAGCAGUGGAUGUGAGAACAGAAAAUGCCACAGAGGACGCUGCACACUUGGACGCCUUCUGUAUCAAAGACAGAGGUGUGCCGUGUGGUGACCCUCCAUCCUUUCCCAAUGCCCGUCUACAGGAGCACUCUGGGUAUGAGAUGGGAGAUGAGCUGCUGUAUACAUGUGUGCCAGGUUAUGUAAUGCCCAGUGGGCACAGUGCCUUCAGCCUGCUGUGUGACAGCUGUGGGGAGUGGUAUGGACUGGUGGAGAUAUGUGUUAAAGAUGAGACUGAAAGCCACAUAGACUAUGAGGACAAGUUCACAGAUUCUUUUGGAGAGGCAGAACGCCACAGUGAAAGACCAGAGGAGGCUCAUGGUGAGAUUUACGAGGAGGUACACAGACCUGCUUACCCAGAGCGGACCAUGAGUCAGGAGCAGCAAGAGACAAGCUUCAGUGUUGAAGGUGAAGAGGAGCACCAAGAUCAACAUAGGGAGCCUGAUGUGGCAGGAGAGCUGAUUGUUAGAAAAGCUGUAGAAGGAGAAUCAAAAGAGGAGGAACGGGCUGUUGAGGACUCUGUAGGCCAUGCAAGGUGGGAGCAGGAAAGGAGGGAGGUGGUCACGACUGUUGCAGUGGCAGCCACAGAAGCACCAGUCUCUCUUCUCUCCCAGAAACACCUCUUCUGGUUCCCCUCCUUCCAGGAUGAAGGACAUCCUGUGUCCACCAAUCCAGCUACACAGACUACACAGAGGGCCUCAGGCGCUCAAUCAGAAGAGAGUAAAGAGCAGGAGAGCCAAGAAACACAUCACCACCAGCGCCCAGUUGAUGUUGACGAUCAUGAAAGCUAUGAUGAUCAUGACACAGAUGACCAAGAUGAUCGCAUUGACAGCAACCAUGAUGACCUGGAUGCCCAUGACGACAGCCACCCCGAUGACCAAGAUGACCAUGAAAGUCACCAGGACGAGGAAGAACAUGACGACGACCGUGUGAAACAUUACAUUCCAGCUCAGCAUGAUGAUCUGGAUAGACGAGACCGCUACAAAAGUCGCGAAGAUCAUGAUGACCAUUAUGACAUGGGUGAACACGAAGACGACCGUGAUCGCAUUCGCUACGGCAGCCAGGAGUACGAUGAUCGAGAUGAUACUUACGAUGAACAUGAAAGCUAUGAAGAGCAUGAAGAUGUGACCGAUGAUCAUAGUGACAAUGAUCAGGAAGAACGUCCUGAUGGCUCUCCGGAACAUCCAGACCGUGAUGACCAUGAUGACCAUGAUGACCAUGAUGAUGGCGAGGAGCAUUAUGACCUAAUGGAGGAUGAUAAGGACCAUAAUGAUCAUGAUGAUCAUGAACCCGAUGACCAUGACCACUAUGAUGAUCAUGAUAGCUAUGAAGAUGUUAAUGGCGGUCAGCACGUCAUCUAUUCUCUAGCAACAGAUGAUCGUCAGAACAUCACUCAGAAAGGAGAAGCAGGAAAGGCCACCACAGAUGAGACCUGGCUGGAUGGCUACCCUGUUGUUCCAGAGAAAGAACAAAAUGGUGACUCCACAACGGAAAGGGUAAAACCAGCAGAUAGAGAAAGGGGGACAGCUGUCAGGACAACAGACAGACCCAAUGAGGUGGAAAUUCGUAGACCUGUCCCUUACACCAGCUUACCAGAGGUGCCCGAGUCUCCUACCACAGAGCCUUUCUUAGAGCAAGGGGGAGUGGAGGAGAAGUGGCCUGCCUUCAUCCCCACUGCUGCUCCCUUUCCUGAUCACUCAGAGCCCUCAGACUCCCCCUCAUACUCCUUGGACUAUGACACACAACAGGCAGCUCCCACCGACUCCUGGCUUGGUGAACUCACUGAGCACCCCUUCCUCGAUCACCACCCAGCUCCACCAGUACACGACGAUGACAUUGUAAUGGAGGAGCAUACUGUGUACAAUCUGCCUGGAGAGACCGGCGAGAGGGGCGAGAUGGAGGGAGAGAUUGGGGAGACGAUUUGUACAGGUGAGAACUGCCCUCCUCCAAGCUCCUCAAACCGAGGUCCCACAGUGGCAGCCAUAAUUGCGGUGGUGUGUGUGGUCGCUGCGGCAGUCAUCGUCGGGGUGUGGUGUUAUCGACGGCAGCAGCAGAAGAGCUCAAUGUACGAGAUGAACGGGAAGGGCCAAAGUCAGACCAGACAGGGCCAACAGAUAGAGAUGCAGCAAAAAGUGUAAGAGUGAGGAACGAGGGACACUGAUGGAGACAUUUAGGAGGGAUAGGAAGAUUCAGAUGAAUUUGAGAGGAACAUGCAGCCCCUCAUCUUGCUAGAAAAUAGCAAUAGUUAAAGAUUUUGGGUGGGUAUGAACAGAUUUGGGGAGAAAUGGUAAAACAGUAAGAACUGAUGCUUAACAUGACACCUGAGUGAAACAUGAUGGUAGCAGUUUUUCUUCACCCACUCAUUGAUUUUAACAUAUAUUACUCAUCUUUGUUAUACCCACCCAUCAUUUUCAAAGUCUGAAAAUCUAGCUGGUCUGGUGAGGGGGCUGUGUCUGGACUGGACUCCAGGAACUAAAAAAGGAGGUUAUAGGGAAAUGACCAUGUAGGAAAACCACAAGAAGGCAUGCCUGCUCGCCUGAACAUAUGAACUGAGACUUCAACCUCCAAAGCUCUUGGACAUUGUGGUAAAGAUUCUCUGUGUUACCUUGCUGUUAUUUUUGUUGACUUGUCUUAUUGUUGAUUUUGCUGUAUUGUUUUUGAUUUUCAAACUUUUUUUUUAUUUGUCUUGUCUUAUCGUGAUGAUGAAAAAACUGUAUUCCACUUGUUAUUCUACGACAAGAGGGCUAAAGUUCAGAAUACUUCAGCUCAUCGCAACAGGUUUGGGCUGGUAGUCCCAAAUGAACGACCAGGCUUCUGUCAAACCAGCAUGAAAGGAAAAAAUGAUGAUCAUGAUUAUAACAGAGGAGAGUCGAAUGAGCAUUAUGCAUGGAAAGGUGUGAGAGAGAAGGAUGACAGGUGAAACAUUUUGAGAUCUUCCUGCCUCUGUUGGUUUUGACGGGCGGCUGGUGAGAGAUGUCCGUCCAGACUGCAUACUCAGCCCCUGUGUAUGUGUGUGUGUGUGUUUGUGUGUGUUUACGUGUGUCUGUGCGUGUCUCAGGUCUGUGUAAUCCACCAGUCAGCAGUGCGCUGUGUUUGCUGACGGCAUUCAGACCAACAAGAGAUCAAACAUUGUGGUUGCUGCCAUGGCAACAGAGAGAAACUUAAGUCACAACCCCCAGUUAUAGUUUUAAUUUAAGGAUUAGAAAUAGUUUGAUGGUUUAGGGUGUUUAGAUUAGUAAAUUAUGACUUUGGAUUAAAGAAUUAGGGCUGGACCACAUGCCCAAAAAUGUAUGAUAAAUUGUUACAUUUAGCUCUGUAAUGAUAAAUGUAAUAUGACAUAUUUUUCAGUAAAUCCGUGGAUUGUAUUUCCUUAUAUUUCCUUUCCUUUACUUGUUAAGAAUUGUUAAUUUAAUGUCAGUGGUUGUUGUAGUUCUUCUAAUUUUAAAUAUUUGGGACUAUUUGCCCAUUAAAAAACUGCAAUAUGAGUAAGUUUAGCUUGGUUAAGAGUUCAUAAUGUCUGUAAAAAUUGGUUUAUGUUCAGUCUUAAUUACAAAAAUAAGGACAUUACAAUGUACUAUAUCUCUGUAUGAUUCUGUGAUAUUUAUACUCUUAACGUUUCUGUACUGUCCAAAAUACUUGCAAAUACAAAAUAAAAAAGCCCAAAUGUAAAUGAAUACAUUCAGCCAUAAGAGGGUUUAAAGUUUAUAAUUCUGUUCAUGUACAGAGACUACAAAAAUGUCAACUAAUGUGGGUGGUGGAUUGUAGACGAGGCACUUCAUGGUGUCAUAAGUCAUAGACAAUGAUUUAAUUGAUUUAUUUCAAAUUUCUAAUCACCACUUUUUAAUUUCCAUAUUGUGAUGUCUAAACGCGAAUCAACACUAAUGUCAUAAUGUGGUGAGGGCAUGGGGAAUAAAGUACCUGUUGUCCAUGUGUUUCUGUAAAUAUGAACUGUAAUGACUUGCUGUAUAUACGGUACUGUAGCAUUACUGGUGGUGUGUUUCUUCACCAAGACAGAAAAGUUGACAGUAGACAUUACCUCUUCAUGUCUUACACAAGGUCAGCUCAUCCACACAAGAUCUACACUACUGCCGUUCACUUCACCUACUAUUAGACACUGUUGUUUAAACACAAUACUGGCAAUAGCAUAAACAAAGACCACACUGUCAACUAUCAAACAAUAACCUGUCAUACACACCAGGUUUGAGCAAAAUCAUGACAAAUUUAACUAUUUUGACUCAUUCACAUGAUGCUAAUAUUUCCUCUUCAUCUCAAAGAGCCUGAUGUGUGUGAUGUCAGGAUGAAAUGUGUACUGUAUGUGUUCUCUACGUCACAAUAAACUCUUA